CUUUUGCUUUCUAUUAUUCAACGCUUAUUCUUCACUCACUCAGUUACGCUACCUUUUAUCUCUGUCAUACCUGACAACUAUCAUUAUCUUUCUUUAUAAAACUAUUAUAUAUUAUCCUUUACGAUUAUGUCAUUACUUGGUGGGAUUGUAGAUGAUGUCCUAGCGUACGGCGACCGCUGCUGCUGCUGCUGCUCCCAAACAGACUUCUACGACUUCUACGGCAUCUGUCUCAACGCCACCGCCGGCGACUUCUUCCGCUCCCGCGCCACAGCCAACCACAGUGACGUCAAAGUCAUCUCCACUACCGUCAUCGACUAAAACUGUCUCAACUUCGACGCUUUCGACGUCCAGUGUUUCUCCAGCAAGCCGUGCGGAAUCUGCGACAGGGAUUCGAUCACUGACCAAAUCCAAUGCAAGCGGUCUCAUACAUACCUCCUCAUCAGCAUCACCUGCUCAAAGUACCUUUAUUGCCACUGCUGCCAAGACUCAAUCAGGCUCUUCAUCACAUCCUUCAAUCUCAACAGGAUUCAUCGUCUUUCUCGCAUGCGCUGGAUUUAUCUUAUUAUGGAUCCUUGUGAUGGGAAUGGUCUUACGUCGUCGUCGUCAUCGAAUCAAUGCUGAAAGAUCUAGAGAAGUUCAAACUCAAAUGUCAGGGAUGGUAGGAUUUGGAAAAUUAGAUGAUGAUAAUGGAGCACCAAUUCCAUUACAAAGAGCUAGAAAGAAUACCAUUGAUUGGAUAGAAGAAUCUAAUGGAUUUGAAUUUGUU